AUGGGCAGCAUUUGCUUUAAAGAAAUUGUCAAUGAAAAUUCUUAAAAUCACAAGAAAAGGAGCUUAAGGAGUUCAAUCAAAACAGAGGAUCAUUAACCAGGGGACUACAAUAAUAGUGAUAUUCAAGUAAGAGAUGUGAGUUCUAUGUCUAAAGUUAACAUUGAUAAUUCCUUUAACAAGAAUAAUAUGAUAGGAGCUUACUUUUGUGGAGGAUCUGCUCUCGAAUAAAACGCUAUAAGUUAUCAUUAAAGAAUGCAAGAUUUUUAGUAGAUUAUGAAAAAGGGAUAAGAAAAUAUGAUAAAGUAGCAUAAGAAAUCAAAAAGCAAGGGAUUAAAAUAAAUAGACUAGGAUGACUUAAGAAAAACUCUUAUUUAAAAAUUCCAAAUUUAAAUGUUUCAGAAUGUCAAGCACGAAGAUUUAUAGAAAUGUAUUAAAAAAGGUCCACCAAUAAAGUACAGAUGGAAUUCAUGGAAAAGUCAUCUAAUGAGAAUAAGCAAUCCAAAUAUAGCAUUCUCUGAAAUGUGUAAACUAUAUUAGUAAUAUAAUCAAUAAGAAUCGAAAGAAGAAGUACAAAUAGAAAAGGAUAUCAAUAGAACUUUCCCUUCACAGCCUUAUUUUGCAACAAAAAGUUAACAGUAAUAUACAAGAGAUAAUGACACAAUCAUUGGAUUUAAGCCUUUAAAAAGAGUUUUAGUUAGUAUAAGUAACAUGUAUCCUCACUUGGGUUACUGCCAAGGUAUGAACUUUAUUUUGGGAUUUAUACUAAUGAUCAACGGGUCUAAAGAAGACGAAGCAUUUUGGAUGUUCAAGGUACUAGCUGAACACCCUGACUUUAUGCUCAUGGGUCUUUAUGAAAAUGAAUUACCACUUUUGAAAUUUUUAGAGUUUGUAGCAAAGUAAAUUCUCAAGGAGUAAUGUAGUGAAUUAUUGGAUUUCUUUGAAUAAAAUGAUAUUCCUGAUUCGUUUUGGUUAACUAAGUGGAUCCUGACUCUUUUCCUUUACAACUUCCCAGUUAAAAUUUGCUCGAGAUUUUGGGAUUAUAUCAUCACAAAUGAUAUAUUUUCUAUAAUUAAACUUUUUAUCCCUCUUCUAAAUAUAUUUAAAAAGGAAUUCAUGUCUCAUGAAGACCCUUGCUCUUUUAUGGAAUGUUUUACUUAGCUAACAUAAGAUGAAGAAAAACUAACCAAUCCUCAAUCAGAGUUCUAUCUUAAGAUUAAUGACCUCGUUAAGAAAGCUGAUUCAUAUAGAAUAGAGAAAAAGACUAUUGCCAAAUAUGCAAUUAAAUAUCUAAAUUGUUAUGAAAGGAAUAAUGAAUAUGCCAAGCUCUAUUCUUACUAUGGGCACGAGGAAGAUUUUUUGAUUGAACACGAAAAACUCCUUUAGAUAAAAAUAAAGUAGCCACACGAAUUGUCUUCUGUACCUGAAGAAAGAGAUAACUGCGAAUAUAGUUCAAUUACUAAGCAUGAGAGCUAAUUGAAGAAAGUGAAUAAUUCUGAUAAUUUGACCGAAUAGAUGGAAUCAAAAAAGAGUAUUAAGUACGAUUAAGAUUCUAGGUUAACUAACGCAAAUCAGGAUGAGAUAAGUCACUGGCAAACAGCCGUUGAUAUGUAAAUUAAAUAACAUCUGUAGACUUCUUAGUUGAAGAAGUUUAAAAGCAAUUAAGAUAAUGUAAUUACUUAUUCUGACUAAUAAGAAAAAUAACAAAGUUUGUAACUUCUUUAAAGUUCUAAACAACCUUACACUUAUUAAGAAGAAAUUAGCUAAUAUGAUACAAAUGUAGAUAUGUAAUAAAAAGGAAUAAAAGAUCUUCAUGACUCUAAAAAAAUAAACAACAAUGAUGAAAGUUAAUAUCAUGAAAGAGUUUAAAGUUACCAAAGCGAAAUGAUUUUAAAUCUUCCUUCAAACAUUUAGCAACAAAAAUCUAUAAACCAAUAAGAAAAUCCUGAACGUAGCAUUAAUACUGAUGUUACUAAUUCUAUUGCUUCUAUUGAGAGCCAAGAUUAAGAAGAAUAAGAUUCUGAUGAAAGUAAAGAUGAUGUGCCUUCUUAAGAUUUAAGAAUGCAAAAGAAUAGUUCUUCAAAUUUAAGGAAAAUCAGUAAAAAGGGUACUUUAAUUCAUGAGCAUUAAGACACUCUAACUUUUGAUCGUGAGUCAUACAACAUGUUCUAGAGUCUCAUGAAUAGGAGUAUUGAUAGCUCUCUCCAAAAGAAAGAGAGUCUUGGUUUUCAUAGAAGCUUAGAUGAUUCAAGUGAUAACUAAUUUCAUAUUGAAGAGCAAGAGAUAGGAAACGACUAAAUAAACAGAGAAAAGCUUUUUCAAUACAAAUCACAACAAAAUAUAGUAAAAUCAACUUUAUCAUCUCAAUAUGAUUUGUCAAAGACAGAUAAAAUUGAUCAUUCACCAUGCUUUAAAAAGAAUACUCUUGAAAUAAUAAGAAAGGACUAAAAUUUAAACAAUUCAACUCUAUCUGAAUGCAACAAUAAAUCUGAAAUUCAAACAUAUCAAAUGCAGUGA